AGCAGGAGGAGGGGGGAGGAAAAAAAAAAGAUCCUAGAAAUCCAAAAAGGCUCAUCUGGGAAGGAGAGAGAGGAGACCGAGAGGAAGCGGGAUGCAACUCAACCUGACGCUGAUCUGCUUCGUCUUCGGGGGGUUCCUGCCCGACGCCGCGGCCCGGCGGGAGCAGAUGGACACGGGGCAGUGCGACCUGCCCCGCUCGCAAGGAGAGCUCAACUCCUUCCUCUGGACCAUUCGCCGUGACCCCCCCGCUUAUCUCUUCGGCACCAUCCACGUGCCCUACACGCGAGUUUGGGACUUCAUCCCUGACAACUCCAAGGCCGCCUUCCACGCCAGCUCCAGCGUGUACUUCGAGCUGGACCUGACGGACCCGUACACCAUCUCGGGGCUGGCCAGCUGCCAGAUGCUGCCCCACGGGGAGAACCUGCAGGACGUGCUGCCCCGGGAGCUGUACCGCCGCCUCAAACGCCACCUGGACUACAUCAAGCUGAUGCUGCCCCACUGGAUGACCCCGGACCAGCGGGGCAAAGGGCUCUAUGCCGACUACCUCUUCAACGCCAUCGCCGGGAACUGGGAGCGCAAGAGGCCCGUCUGGGUGAUGCUCAUGGUGAACUCCUUGACGGAGACGGACAUCCGCUCCAGAGGGGUGCCGGUGCUCGAUCUCUACCUCGCCCAGGAGGCCGAGAGGAUGAAGAAGAAGACGGGUGCGGUGGAGCGGGUGGAGGAGCAGUGUCACCCGCUGAACGGGCUCAACUUCUCCCAGGUGCUGUUUGCUCUAAACCAGACUUUGCUGCAACACGAAAGCCUCCGAGCAGGGAGUUUGCAGGCCCCUUACACCACUGAGGAUCUCAUCAAGCACUACAACUGUGGAGACCUGAAUGCUGUGAUAUUCAACCAUGACACUUCUCAGGUGCCAAACUUCAUCAACACAACACUCCCACCCCACGAGCAGGUGACAGCUCAGGAAAUAGACAGCUACUUCAGACAGGAGCUCAUCUACAAAAGGAAUGAGAGGAUGGGGAGAAGAGUGAUGUCACUUCUAAGGGAGAACAGAGACAAGAGCUUCUUCUUUGCCUUUGGAGCAGGUCACUUCCUGGGUAACAACACUGUGAUUGAUGUACUGAGACAAGCAGGAUUUGAAGUGGAGCACACCCCUCCUGGACAACCAAUUGGAAAUUCAAGGACAACAAAGACAAGCCCAGCCUUGGAGGGACUCUCAGUGACAGCCCUGCCCCCUGUCCAGCUUUCUGAGCAGGUCCCACUGGCAUCUCCUUCCCUGAAGCCACAGCAGAUGGAGGAAGAAGACAGCCUGUCUCCUCACCUCCUGCUGCCCGACAGCAUCAGCCAGCUGGAGGAGUUUGGCAGGCAGAAGAAAUGGCACAAGAAGCAGCACAAGCACCAUCGCCAGAGGCAGUUCAAUGACCUCUGGGUUCGGAUAGAAGACAGCACCACCACGUUGCCUUCCUAUAUCAGGAUAACCAAUGGCUACAUCACAGUCAAGCCUCCCAUCUGGAUUUCCAACCAGCUGGAUCAGAGGCCACGUCCCGAGCGCCCAUCCCAGCCCCAGCCCACGAGCUCAGCCCCAGCCAGCCUCUCCUGGCCAUCAGUAACAGUUCCUCUCUGCAUGGCCAUAGCUUCCUUUCUCCUGAGCCUGCUGCAGCCCUCCUGACCACAUUAUAUCACAUGCAAUCCCUUGGAAUAGAGAGAUAAUUUAUGAACAAAUUGGAGUUUAAGACAACAGUUACAAGCUGGACCUUCUCAGUGACUCAGUAGUGCCUUCUAGCUGAUUUUGUCUCUUUGCCCAGAUACAUUUUGAAACUCUAAAGCUUUAUUGUAACACUGACUUACAUCUUCUUUUUGUAGAAGGAUCUUUAUUUCCCAUAGUGCUAUGGGGUUUUGUAAAAUAUACAUGUUCAUAUAAAGAAAA